AUGUCCGCCCCCCAGGUUCUCCGAAUUCCUCGGUCGGACGAGCCGCAUUCUUACGUACUGGUCCACGUCUCCCAGACUGGCCAGGCUCCUCUGGAUCUAUCGCUCACCGCAACGGAGGGCGAGAACCCUUAUGCCACGUCUAUCCAACAAUCUCGUCUCCAGGCCCUACGCGGCAAAAACUACCAAGGGUCCGAUGACGAAUGGGCCUACAUCAUUGCUCACGUCCUGAGGCAGCCAGUCUCUGCCGAGAACUCGUCCUGGUCUACCGGGAUCGAAGCUUCCGCUAAUAUCUCAGGCGCGGGGGGCGAUGAUCAACAAAUAGUCAUCACCAUUCGGAAAAGAGUCCAAGAUAUCACACAAAGGCUUGGGUCUCUAGUCCUAAAACAUGAUGAAGACCAAGAGAUUGCACUCUUCGAGUGGACUAGUAUCGCAACUGCCAGAGCCGAUACUUUGCACAGCCAAGUGACGAGCCUCACGGACCGCUACCGAGAGGCCGAAGACACCAUCACCAAACUGACGCAACAACUAGCAGACCUCAUGCAGGCCAAGACCCAGCACGAGAACCAACUGGUGACCAACUUUGCACAGCUUCUGAAUGAGAAGAAGCUUAAGAUCCGGAAUCAGCAGCGAUUGCUAGCAUCAGCAACCGCUGACCCCGCGAAAGUCGCCGAGAUCCAAGCAGCCAGCGGGAGACCCGGUGAAGCACCGGGAACUCAUCCAUCUGCAAAACGCCGUGCAGCAGAGACAGCGGAUGACGAGGACGAAUCAGACGAUGGUUUCGAGCAGAUGGACGUUGAUCGUAAAGAAGCCGACGUUAAAGCACGAUAUGAUCAAGAAACAGAAGACGAAGAAAGGGCCACACCGCAACCACUCGAGGAUGAAGAGGGUAAUACCACAACCGACGACGAGGAUGAAGCCCCAGCUACUUCACAACGAUCUGUACCACAGCGAGCUACCGUAAAGCCUUCGGAACGAGAGGCACUGCCGAAGGAGGCAGCACCUCCGCGUCGAGAGUUACCAUUUACCCGACGAGGACCCUCGGCACAGGCGAAACCGGAGCCUCAGCCAGAGCUCAGUGCGGCGGGAGAAGAGACGGCGGGUGAAACGGACGAUGAUGAACUUUGA